UUCUCUCGGCGCUGUCCCAUUCAGAUGGCGUCAUCAGUGUGCGCCGCCGGCCCUGUAUCACCCUUCCGCGUCCCGCCAGCGCUGGGCGAGCGAUGAGCGCCUGGGCCGGCCUGCGGCGCGGGGGCAGUGCCUGCCCCUUGUCUCGGCUCGUCUCCUUGGCCAAGCCCGCAGGAGGAUACCGCCACCUCUGUUGCCUAAAGCCCCCUGCCGCGAGCCGUCCCACGACGGGAAGCGUCCCUGUCUCUAGGAACAGCCCGAAGAAAAGCCAGGGCCGGGCGUGGCAGGUCGAGAAGGCGCCCGAUAGCGGCGGAGGACCCCUCGUCCUGCCCCCUCCGCGCCGGCUCGGCGAGGGCGUGCUGCGUGCAGUCGUUCCUCCAGGCCCUCGCGCCAGUCGCCCGCGUGCCGGGGAUGUUCGGGCUGCCUGCUUCGUCCACACGUCGUCGUCUUUGCGAGCCGCUCCGAUUCCCGCCUUGUGGAUCCUCCUGAAACCCGCUCAGAAACUAUUUGCUAUCAUUCUGGGCAGGAGCAUAAGAAAAUGGUGGAAGGCCCUUCCCCCCAACAAAAAAGAACUCUUUAAAGAAAGUGUAAGAAAAAAUAAAUGGAGACUCCUUCUAGGUGCCUGUAGCUUGGGAGCUUUAUACAUCAUGUUUUAUUUUACUCACCUGGAAGAGACUCCAAUCACUGGUCGUACUAGACUACUGGUGUUUGGGAAAGAAGAGUUUCAGCAGUUGUCACAGCUGGAAUAUAAUAUGUGGAUGGAAAAGUUUGAAAAUGAAAUGUUACCUGAGACAGACACUCGCUAUCAAGUUGUGAAAAAAGUAGUUUAUCAUCUCUCUGAAAGCAACCAGGACAUCCCACAGUUGUCAGAGUUUAAGUGGGUUAUCCAUGUAGUGGAGGAACCAGGCAUAAAUGCUUUUGUGCUUCCAAAUGGAGAAGUGUUUGUUUUCACAGGGUUACUAAAUGCAGUGUCAGAUGUUCAUCAGCUAUCUUUCAUUUUGGGACAUGAGAUAGCUCACGCUGUGUUGGGACAUGCGCUUACAUCUUUCUGCCAAAAAAGCUGCUGCUGGAAGUUGCAGUGUGCAUUAUGUGCAAGAACUAUGGCAGAAAAGGCCAGUCUGGUACAUUUCGUGGAUUUCCUGUCUCUCAUCUUUCUCACUAUGAUUUGGGCCAUUUGUCCUAGAGAUAGCUUGGCAAUUCUUGGCCAGUGGAUCCAGAGCAAGAUGCAGGAGUUUAUAUUUGAUAGACCCUACAGCAGAACACUGGAAGCUGAAGCUGACAAAGUGGGACUUCAGCUGGCUGCAAAGGCUUGUGUGGAUGUAAGAGCAAGCAGUGUAUUUUGGCAGCAGAUGGAAUUAGCAGAAACCAUUCAAGGGCAGCCUAAAUUACCAGAAUGGCUCUCCACGCACCCUUCUCAUGAAAACAGAGCUGAACAUUUAGACCGGCUUAUUCCAGAGGCUCUUAAAUUGAGAGAGAGCUGCAAAUGCCCCUCUCUUUCUGGACCAGAUCCUCGCCUCAUUUUUAGACUUAACAUGCAGCAUCUUCUGAAAGCAUCUAAAGAUCGAGAAAGCCAAAAUGCUACCGAGCAAGGUCUACCAAAAGUGAAAGUGGAGUUUCCUCCCACUCAAAAGAUGGAAAAUAUUCCAGUAGCUUUUGCAGUUAAACCCACAGAUUGAAAGGAAAACUAUUCAUCUGAGAAACUUGUAAAAUUUGCUAUCCCACCUUUUCCUGCAGGACUUUGGGAUAAUAAAAUAGUCAGGACAGCUACAAAUCAAAUUUGUGCCUAUGUGGUGCCAAAAAUCCUAUGAGGCAAAUUGUCUCUGAGCCACAAAGAAGACCUGCUGGCCAGUAUUCUUUGUCUCCAACCUUCUGGGGCUCUCCUGCUCUGUGCAGUGAGAAACUCUGGCCACACAGGGAGAGCCGUGUAUUGGAGCAGUGAGACUUCUAUUCAUCAUGGGAUGCUAAAAAUAAAUAAUUUCACUGGGGAAAAAUAAUCUCCGUACAAUCGAGUCGCACAGUAUAAUUUUCAGCUUUGUCAGGCUCACCUUGAUCAAAGGACAGAUAAACCAGAAGCCUCUCUAAAGCAGAAUAAAUAGUAGUCUUCAUCACUUAAGUUGUCUGUUUUAGCUUGCUGUAAUUUGGGUUAGAUCCUCCUGGCUUCAUUUAAAAAAUAAUGAGAACUCACUGCCUGUUCCAUGUAUAAAAUGUUUUUAAAAAUACUAAGCUGAGAAGCAAUAAAAUGGCCAGUGGGCUGGACACAGCCACCUAAUUGGAUGGUUUUCUGCAGGAUGUCUCCUUUUUGAGUGCAUUUUAGAAUAUGAGUUGAUUCAGCAUUUCUCGUUAAAGCAAACUUGUGCAGACUUGUCUUUAAAAGUGAAAUCAGGAAGUAUAUGAAGGAAUCUUAAAAAAUCUGUGGUUAAAAACUUGUGGACUUGUGGGACUGGGAUAGCUUUUACAACCACACUGUGCAACCACAGUGCCUUUUUAAAACAUCAAGAUGCCUCUCCAGAAGUCAGAUUUGCUUCUGUGUCUGCUGGUUUGGACAUACCAGCACCUGGCUGUUGUACAAUGCAUUACCACUUCAUAAUGCACUACGUAGUCAGUGGAUACAAGAAGACUACUAGGCCAUAGAGCUGCAGAUGCUGCACCUAAUGGUAACAGGUGGGGUUUUUUUUUUGGUUUAGGAAGCUAUUGCUAUAGAAAUAAAAUAUAGAACUGAAUAGCCUUCUAAGUCUGUCCCUUUCAUGGGGGUGAUGAGGAUCAUAAUGAUUCCCACUGUGGGGCCUUAGUUGGAGUCCAUCAGGUAGAGAAGGAAUUGUAAGGAGAUAUUUUCAAAAUGGAGCUUGGAAAGAUGCGUGAAGCUAUUCCCUUUUCCCAUUGCUUGGUCUGCUUUUCUGAUUGAAGGGUUUAGUGUGACCACUCCAUUGGCACAACUGGUUGGUGAUUCCUAGUGCUAAGUUUGACUGAGGAGCUGCUUAAUGGAGCUUAUCUGGGAAGAAGACAGAACAUUUUCCUUGUGGACUGUUAGGGAGGGAGCUGUCUGCCUUUUCUUCUUUUUCCAAAACAACUGGAUGCAGUUCCUUAAAAAGGUCUGGAAUCAGGUGGAGUAGGCAGCAAAGCAUUAGGGCUGUGCAAAGCUUCAGUAGCUGAUUAGAUUCGGAGGAGAUUCAGCCCGAUUCGAAGACCAAAUCUCCGAAUCUGAAUUGAAUCGGGAGACCAAGUAAAAGCUCCAAAUCGAUUUGGAAAAACUUCAGAAAAGAUUUGACUGAUUCGGAGAUUCGACCGUAGGCUACAGGCUGCUGACAGCUGCCUCCAGCUGGUAAGUCUGUUGGGGUUGGAGCGGGGGGAGGGAAGAGGCAUGGGGGAGGGAGGGACUGGGGCUGGGACAAGCUGCCCAGCCAGGGUGAUGCUUUACUCUGUGGGGCGGGCUCUGCCACGCUGCCGCUUGCCCAGCUGGGGCGGAUUGGGGGCAGGAUGUGAGCAUGGCUUGCUCCAGGAAGAAGGGGGCAAGCGGCAGCAGGGCAUAGGCCCCGCUCCCAGUGCUACUGUGCUCGUAUCCCUCCCCCCCCCCCCCCCAUCCGCACCAGCUGGUAAGCGAUGGCAAGGCAGAGCCCCGUUCCCAGCAGCGGGUGUGACAGUGCUGGGAGCAGGGACUAUGCCAUGCUGCCACCUGGAGCAAGUCGUGCCUGCAUCACGCACCCCCUCUUCCUCCCCCCCUCCCCCUGCACUGGUUGUGCAAGCAGCAGCAGGGCAGAGCCCCCGCGGCUCCCCCCCGCCAGCGCAGAGGCAGGCACAGCCAGAGGAGCCAUGGGAGAAGCACCCAUGGCUGCCCUCCUCAUCCCCAUCCCAGACCCAGCCUACUGGCACUUAAAACAAAAAAAACCCCUGCACUCACUGGCUCUGACAUCGGCGAUUAGGUCCUCUGAGGGCUUGUGGUAGAGCCCCCCCAUGCAGCAGGGGGCAUUGGGGAUCGUUCCCCCUUCCCCCGCUUGGCACCCACAUGGCAGCUGCCCCAUGGCGCAGGUGGGUACCACGCGCUGUCUGGAGCUGGGGCAGCUCCAGCAGUCAGCCGGAGCCCGGCAGCGUUAAGCCCUAGCUGCCAGACAGUGUGCAGUGACCUGCCGAGCUGCACUGCACCCGCGCCAUGGGCCAGCUACUGCGGAGGUGCCAAGCGGGGGGACGAUCACCGCUGCCUUGCGCUGCACGGGGGUGCUCUGCCAUGAGUGCCCAGAAGCUCCAAUUGCUGUUCUUGCAGCCGGUGAGUGCCGGGCUUUAAAAAAAAAAAAAGAAAAAAUGCCAGGACUAGGCUGGGGUCGGGCAGGGCAGCCAUGGGGGCUUCUUCCGCAGCUCCCCCUGCCCGGGGAGAGGCUGACACAGCCGGAGGAGCUGCUCGGUUGUGCCUACCUCUCCCUGUCCAAUCUGAAUCACCAAAUCUGUUUGAAUCAGCACCGAAUCUUCCAAAGCUGAUUCGGCGGAAUCAAUUCAGAACAGUGAUCUGAAUCGAAUCGCUAUCCUCUGAAUCAUCCAGAUCUGAAUCUGUAUUGAAUACUUCCCUAUUUGCACAGGCCUACAAAGCAUCCCCUGCCCAAGAGCCAACCUUCCCUUCCUUUAGGCAGACUUGUCCUGCUGCACAGAAAGGAUGCAUUGCCUAUUUUCAGCUGGCUGCUGAGCCCUCACUUUCCAGUUUAUGCAAAUAUUGCGUGCUGGCCUUAUAGAAGGGGGAAAAUCAUACAGUGAAGAAAAGAGGAAGAAAGUCUUUUUAUGUGUUAAAAAAGGUGGUCUAACUAUUGGAAUCAAGUUUUUUUUCAAUUGAAGCCUUGCACUUUAGAAGAGAAUCAGUGCCAUUUAUAUAUAGCAAGAAGGGGUGUUAGUACUUACAGCUGCACGUCAGACCACGAGGCAGAUGGAAUCGGAAGCAUCUUUUAUCAUAUUUUGGAGAACUGAGAUUUUAAAAUGUGCCAUAUUGUUUAAAUUUAGGAUUGAUUCUGAAGAUAAGCUUUUUAGGAAAGACAACAUUCAUCAGUGGCAGUGAGCCAAGAGGUUGAUUAAAAAAAAAAACUCGAAAAUUGACUUCAGCCAACGAUGCUGGGUCCUUUAAGAAACACUAGCAGCCAUCAAAUGUGUCUGUAUUUGGGAGCUGAGGGGUUCUGUUUACAAGAUUGCCUCUGCUGAUGAUUUCCAGGCCAGAUUAUAUAUGUUUACAUUGUCCACAUGUUCCUGGCAAGCUAUUUUAAAAUUUAUAUGCAAGAGAGCACUGGCAAAUGGCAGAAGGUCCAACCUGGCCAUCCAUCCAUCCAUUAUUUUUAUUUUUAGUGACAGGAGUUUUUGUAACAGCCAUUCAGCAAUGUGUUAAAGCAUUUGGACAUUGUCACCUGAAGGUAAACAGAAAAAUACACCAUUUAAAUUUCCCUGUGGGUUUUAUAGCUUGCACUAGAUAGUUAGGACCCCAGUGCUUCUUCUUUCCCUAAAAGGCAGUGUCAAAGCUCGUUUUGUUAUCCAGUCUUCCUGGUUGACAUUCAACAUGAUUUUAUGUCACUUAAGAGUAGGGAUAAUCCAGAGAACUUUUUAUAGCAUUUAAGUAUUCUAAAAAACACAUCUAAAGCAAAUAAAUGAGACAGAUCUCACACUUGGACUUUGUAAGUCUGUUCUAGAUGGCCUGUGUGUUACAAUCAAUAUUUGAGGUAUCUUAAGAAGUUAAUCAAGAAAGAUGAUCUCAAUUUUCAAUAUGAAUUCCUUGCUUAUUGAGUCUGAAUGAAAGCUCCAGACUUGUACAACCUCUAAAUUCAGGGUGUUCAAAAUCCUAGCUCUUUAUUUGGUACUUGGACUCUUUCUCAUUUUGUCACAAGCUUUUAAAAGACUUCUCCUUUCAUCUCUGUAUGAAGUAUUAAGCUGUCCAACCCAUAACACAGUCUAGUCUUGAGCCUACCUCUUGUCUAAGUGUUUCUAAAUAUGUGCACCACCUUUGUUUCACCCCUUCUAUUUUUUGUUUAAAUAUUUAAAAGUGCUUUCUUGUCUGUAUGAAAAAUGGAUUAAAUUAAAAUGCUGUUACUUUCUGAAGGUCAGAGCUUUUAGCAAGAGCUAUACUUUUUAUUAUAUGUUAAAGAAACCAAUAAUCUCUCUCAACCUAUCUGAAAUUGAUUUUAAAAUACCUCCACUAUUAAAAUAUUUCAGUUAUAAACUUUUUACCACCUAUAAAAAUCUUGCACUGCAUUGGCUAGCUUAGUGUAUUGCAGGGAAAGAAAGAAGCAAAAACCUGAGUAGAAUGACUGAAGUACAUGAAAGAUGCAUAUCAUUACAAGAUGGAGAAUAGCAGGUAAAAUUAAGAUAGGUUGGUAAAAAUGUUUUUUCCUUCCCCUGCCAGUGCUGCAUGCUGUGCUGCACAGCUUCUUUUAGAAAGAUUAAGUCCACAGCGUAUCUAUUAUGUGUUUACCAUACUGGGAGUGUCGAGGAGUUUGACAAGCAGGGGACGUGAACACAAAGCAGUCUAAUAAAUCAAAUGGCUUGUAGGAACUUUUAUUUUGUCAUGUUUGGCAUCCUUUUGUUUUAAAAUAGUACCCUUUGGAAGAUUCUGAUGUGAAAUAUUUAUAUGCUGAAAACCCGAAGCAAAGCUCUGUUAAAACUGUAUUUUGUUUUUAAAACCUAUGUUUUUUCAGUCAUUAAAUAGAAAUGCACUUGUAAGCUCAGGUUUUUAUUUGUUUUUUAUUCUCUAUUCUCCUGCAGCUUUUAAUUUUGUGGUGUUAUAAGUAUAAUACUUCUGGGUCACAAAGCACUUUAAGUAUAGCCCUGUUUUAGGACAGGUAGCAGUUACCGAGAUUGUUCAUGUGCUAAAUUCCCUCCUGGUUGCUCUCAGAUCCUGGACUUAUUUUUGGUGGUUGGAGAAAAAGAGAGUGAAUAAAAUUCUCUUGAGGUAGUUUUCUAAUCAGUGUUAAAAAAUAAAUAACUGUUGUUGGCAAUCUAGUCCAUAAUGUAUUUUACUUAUAUUUCAAAUGGAGCAUAGGGGUAGCUGCUCUCUGUAAGGACUAGUAAUAAUAGUUUGUAUUUCUAGAUUAGCGGUUCCCAACCUUGGGUUGUGACUCAAAGGAGAGUUGCAGGGGCAGUGUCGGCAGCGCCACACACAAACGACAAGCUGCGCUGCAUGGCAGGAGCUCCCUUGCCCCCAGGCUGCUGCUGCCGCCGCUGAACUCCGCUCCCAGCAGCAGGUCACAAAAAAAGGUUGGGAACCACUGUUGUAGAUCAAAGCAUUUCUGAAACAUUAAUAUUUGCAUUAGGUGGAGUUGACCUGUUGGAUAAACUGAGGCACAUUGAGAAAGUGAUUUUACAAAGGCUACAUGCUAAGUCAGUGGGAACCCUGGGAACAGAGUCCAGAAGGUCUCACUCAGUCCAUCCCAUUAGUUUGCCUGAUGACUCUGUUUCAAAUGUCACAUUUUCUGUAAUGAAUGACUAUUUGAAACGCCAUUUACCAGAAUGCCCGUCUGCAGAGGUUAGAAAAUGGAUGUGUGUGUAGGAUUCAGAUGCAGAUGUUAUCUGCACAAGCCUUGAAUAUUUCAUAACUGUUCUACCUCGUGGGCACCCUGACUACUCUCUAGAGGUCUCAAUUUAUUUGCUCUCUGCCUCAAUCCACUAAAGAGUCCAAUCCUUAGAUCUGUUGCCACUGUGUUUGAGACUCUCUAAACCAGUUGAAAUCUGGAAAAUAAAAAUCACGACUGCUACACCACACCUGUGUUGGCUGUAUGCUACAGAUAUGAAGGUACAAAAGUCAUCUUCAUAAGAGUAAUGCAGAGUUUUGUAUAGCUGGAUCAUACAGUUCUUUAGUAUGCAUACAGUGUGGCCAAGCUACAGCUGCUGUGAUAAACGUGACUUAAAUUUCUCCUGUAUGCAAAAUCUGUAUUGUUGUGCAAAACUACAUUAAUGCAUUUUUAAUAGGCAAGGUAGAUAACACUGCAUGAUAUGGAAGAAAGUGUUAUAUGGAUUCUUAGCAACAGCAAAUCAGUGCACAGAAGAGUUGGCAUUAUAUGAGCUUGCAUUUUCUUUUAGCAUUUCAAAAUCUUUCAUCCUUCCUUCCUUUCUUUUUUUUGAGUCAGCUCGGGGUAAAAAAAAAAUAUUCCCUAAAAAUAUCUGAAGUGCAUCGAGUGCCUCAGUCACAAUCUGACACAGGAAAGGCCACACCCCAGAAACUAUCUGCAACCAAAAUCCUGUGGGGAUUGUUGACAAACAUGACUUGAAUAAUUUGGCCUCCUUUCCCACUGUCUCAGCAUGUACAAGUGUCUUCUACAGAAGAGUGGGGCAUGUUUGUGUGGCAAGGAACCAUGUGCUGAUGCUGCUCAUACCGGACUGCUUCUGAUCCCAAAGGCAAGAGUCACUAAGCACUGCUGAGCUGUCAUCUGGAUAAACCCUACAUUUGCCAAGAGGAAGUUCCAGGUAACUGUGACAAACCUGAGAUCUGCCACAGACUUCUGUGUCCCUGAGCAAGUCAUAUAGGCCCAAAUAUCUAUUUUGGAUGCCUCUGUUCUUGGGAACCCAGUUUGAAACACACAGCCUGACUGGUCAAAGCCUCUUGGCAUUCAGAAUACCUAUCAGAGUCUGAGACUGCUGAAUGUGCUUAAGGUCCAGCUCUGUAGCUGUCAAACUAGGAACCCAACAAGUCAGAUACACCACAUCAGAAGCUGCUUCAAAAAUUAGCGAUAUUCUAUUUCCCCAUCUAAAAAAUGGAGAUAUGCUCUUCCUCUAGCAAUAGUGUUGCAUUGUUUUAAUUAAAUGUUUGAAAAGCCCCAUGAUAUAAAGCACUGUAGCUAUGCAAUACAUUGGGUAUUUUUAGGUGGAGAUGUUAAAUAUCCAGACGUUAGCAGUGUCUAACCAUGUUGAUCCAUGGUUUGGGAGAUUCUACCUCCUAUUUCUGUUGUGCGAUAUGGUAAACAAGAGGUUUCCUGCUCUUUUUCUGUUUCUAAAUCAUAGAGAAACAUGGCUGGAAGGGACAUACAUAGGUCAUCUAGUCCAACCGUAGGCAGCAUCAUUCUUGUCCAUACAAUUUUAUACAAUACCUAAUCUUAAAUUCUUCAUAAAAUUACCAUGAACACUGAUGCAACAUAAGAUGCAAUGCCCUAGCUUGCCACAGGUAAAUCAGGGGAACCACAGGACCAUGGACAGAGCAGGGAGGGUAUCGUGGCUCUGUCCCACGCCCCAGCCCUAGCCUCUGCUCCACAUCCUGGUCAGCUCCUGCAUGCCACUCCCCAUCUGCCCGCAGACCCAUCCUAUCUGCUCAGUGGAGUGCAUCCUGCCCGCAGGGGUCCACUCAGUCUCUGCAGAGACCCUGCCCACCUGCUCUGCCUGGCACCUCCAGCAGUGGGUGCAGGGUGGAUAUGCCAGGGGGAUAUGACAGAGGGGAGCAGCAGGGCUGGGGCUGGUGAUGACAGAGACACCAGCAGUGGAAGGAGAUGAUGCCAGGGCUGCCGGGAAGUGGAGUUCUGAGCCCUGCACCACCCCUGCCCCACCCUGCACCCAGGGACCACGGGACCAGUGGCACAUGCCACGGCCAGGCAGAACAGAGGGUCCUGCUGCAGGCUGGAUAAAAAUUGCUUGGCGGGCUGGAUCUGGCCCACAGGCUGCAUUUUGCCCAUCUCUGCCCCAGGAAGCAGACUCUGCCCUGUGCUAGAUGAAGGUAAAGGACUCCUAGUCCUUGCCAGCUGACCUGAAGGAGAAUUCCUUCCUACUCCAAACAUCUGGUACUUGUUUUAACUCUUGAGUAUAUAAGCAAGAGGUUUCUUAAUUCCAGUAAGAGCACAAGAGCUCCCCAGCUAGUCCCCCACACCAAGUCAUGGCCAGAUAGACUGGCUGAAGGGAGAAUUCUUUCAGUGUAUCCACAGUGUGUGUAUGUAUCUCACGUGAGCAAAAACAAGACUGACAAGCCUCAAAAGCCUAUCUUUGGUUGGUAGAGUGCUCUUUUUCCCCCCCUAUUUCCUACCUAGAAUUACACAUUUGCCAACUGUCUGAGUAAUACUUAAUGACUAGAGUGCCACAAGUUUUCAGAUCAAACUAUAGUGUGUUUGAAUAGUAGAAUCAUGUUAAUCAUCUCAGUUUAUUAGCCUUGUCAGUAAAAAAAAAAAAGCAUGUUAGUGAUCUUUGAGAAGUUCAUCUAACCCUAAUCUCUGCUGGGAAGGCACCUAGUAAAUGUCAUGUAGAAAAUAAAUAUUCCCAUGUAAGUAGUGAAUGUAUUUAAAACUUAAAUUAGAAUUCUGACGUGCAUUAUAGUUUUCUUCACCCAAGCCAGACUCACUUGACAAGCACUUCCUUUCUGCUAAGCUGCUGUCACAGCACAAGACAGGGAGUCUUGACUGCCGUUGAUGGAAGAGUAAAAGGCAUUCUUUUUAUAGAAGUUGGGUGUUUUGCUUUCAUGCACAUUUUAGAAACAAACGUUUAUAUCAUAGAGAUGUGGUUGGGUUUGACAAGAAUUUCUGCUGAUUGCUAUGUCUGUUUUUUGCUUUAGGGAAGUGGGAUGAAAUAUCAUAGAGAAAUAGUAAGUAAUGACUAAUAAUGAAAGUGCCUGCUUGAAAUUUUCUUGGAAAUUGUUUUAGUCCUGGAACUAACCUCUCUACUCUUCAUAUCUAUGGCAUUUGUUUCUUUUCUGUAUUGAGCAAUCCUAACGUUGUGACCAACAUGGUAUAGGGGUUUUAUGGAAAUAUAUAUUCUUCUUUAAAACUUGAUGAGUUUAAGAUAUAAAUUAAAGAUUUUUUAAAGUUA